AUGUCCAACCCCGCAAUCCACAAGUAUGGAACUGACGAUGGUUGGCACGGCGUGAUCCAAGAAGGCGGCGAAUUUCCCCCAGAAAAAGAUCGAUACCAUCUUUACAUCGGUCUCUUCUGUCCCUAUGCCCACCGCGCCAACCUAAUCCGGCACCUCUUCAACCUCCAAGACCUCCUCCCCAUCUCCAUCGUGCGCCCAUACCCAAAAGGCGAGCCGGGCUGGCGCUUCGACGCCAGCUACCCCGGCAGCACCCCUGACCACCUCUUCAACAGCCAAUUCCUGCACCAAAUCUACUUCCGCGACGACCCCGCCUACGAAGGCCGCUACACCGUCCCCAUGAUCUGGGACAAGAAAGGCCAAAAAAUAGUCUGCAACGAAAGUGCCGAAAUGGUGAAAUGGCUUCCCCACGCUUUUGCCUCUUUAACACCGCCACCGCCUUCUGUUGUAGAAACCUUGUACUACUACCCCACGGAGUUCAAGGACAAGAUUGACCAAAUAAAACCCUGGCUCACAGACCUCAUAUGCAACGGCGUCUACAAAGCUGGUUUCGCCCCGUCCCAAACCCCUUACGAAGACAACGUCAUCCCCCUCUUCGCCGCCCUCAACACCCUCGAAUCCCUCAUUUACACAAACGGCGGCCCGUAUAUCCUCGGCAGCCAAAUCUCCGAACUCGAUCUCUUUGCCUACCCGACUAUUGUGCGCUUCGACACGGUGUAUGCGCAGCAUUUUAAGACAAAUCUCGGGUCUAUACGACAUGACUAUCCUGUGCUGAAUAAUUGGUUAAGGGGGUUGUAUUGGAAUGUGCGGGGGUUUAGGGAGACGACGGAGUUUAGGCAUAUUAAGGAGAAUUACACAAAGAGUCAUGAGAGUAUCAAUCCGUUGGCUAUUACGCCGUUGGGACCGUAUCCUGAUGUCGAAGAAGGGUAUGAAGAGGAUUGGAGUAAACUGAAGCCAGGAAGAGUUGCGCAUCCGAGGGUGUUGGAGGCGCAGAGUAAGCUGUAA